AUGGCUCAGCUGGAUUUGAGGAUGAUUCUCUUCACAGCUUCAGUGAUCCUGAGUUUGAACUCCAUUACAGAUGCUCAGUCCACCGUAUAUAACCUCCUGACAUCGCCUGACUGUUUGCCGGAUCUGCUUCAUGGAGGACUGGCAGAACAAGGGGCGACGGAACUGUUCCUCCUAACGACGUUCCGUCUGCAGCCCCGGUCCGGGACCACUGUGUUCGGACUCUACAAUCCCAGAGAUGGGAAGAAGUAUUUUGAGUUUACCGUGUUGGGCAAACUGAACAAAGCGGCGUUGCGGUACUUGCGAACCGAUGGUUUGAUGAGUACCGUGACCUUUAAUAACCUCCGGUUGGCUGACGGACAGCGCCACCGCAUGCUCUUCCACUUAAAGGGCAUGCCUGUGGGGCCGGGGGUGGGGUCUGUUGGCCCGGGGGUGGGGUCUGUGCCAGGAUUGGAGGUCCAUCUGGACUGCAGGCUGGUAGAGACUCUGAGAGAUCUGCCUGCUGUGUUUAACGGUCUGGACAGCAAAAAGGGCGUGGAGCUGCAGACCAUGCAGGGCAAGGCACAGGAAGAGAUCGAAGAGAUGAAACUGAUGUUUGGAGAUUCUGUGGAAAACGUCUUAUCACUACAGGGCUGUAACACAAUCCAGAGUGACUCUGUGCAAACGUUAGGGCUCAACACCAAACAGUUAACCAAUCAGAUGCUAGAACUUACCAAGGUUAUAAACGAGCUGAAAGAAGUCCUCAUACAACAGGUGAAAGAAACCUCAUUCCUGAGAAACACCAUCUCUGAGUGCCAAGCUUGUGGCCUAGGUGGGACUGAGGUGGUGAAGCCACGGUGCACUCCAGGUGUGUGUUUCCGUGAUGAUAUGUGUAUAGAGACAGAUGAGGGAGUGGAGUGUGGACCCUGCCCUGAUGGAUACACAGGAGAUGGAUUCAGUUGUGAUGAUGUGGAUGAGUGUCAGUUUAACCCCUGUUUCCCAGGGGUGAAAUGUGUGAACACAGCGCCAGGGUUCCGCUGUGAGGCGUGUCCUCUGGGCUACACUGGCCAACCAGUGGAAGGAGUGGGCGUAGCUUUUGCAAAGAAAAACAAACAGGUGUGUGAUGAUGUCGAUGAGUGUAAGGGACCAAAUAAUGGAGGAUGUGCAGCCAACUCCCUCUGUAUUAACUCUAUGGGCUCGUACCAGUGUGGCGGCUGUAAAGCAGGGUUUACUGGUGACCAGGUAAGAGGCUGCAAGCCAGAGCGAAGUUGUGGGAACCGCCUCCAGAAUCCCUGCGAUCCAAAUGCCUAUUGUACAGAGGAACGGGAUGGAACCAUCACCUGCACGUGCGGUAUUGGUUGGGCAGGUAACGGCUAUCUGUGUGGAAAGGACACAGACAUUGACGGAUAUCCGGAUGAGAAACUCCGAUGCCGAGAUGCGAAAUGCCGUAAGGAUAACUGUGUUCAUGUGCCGAACUCUGGCCAAGAGGACGCCGACGGCGACGGGCAGGGAGACGCAUGUGACGAAGAUGCAGACGGAGAUGGAAUUCUCAAUGAGCAGGAUAACUGCUGGCUGAAGCCAAAUGUAGAUCAGACCAAUAGUGAUAAAGAUAACCAUGGCGAUGCCUGCGAUAACUGCAUAAACACAGAGAACCCAGAUCAACGUGACACUGAUUCUGAUGGACUUGGAGAUGCAUGUGAUGAUGACAUGGAUGGAGAUGGUCUCAAAAACUUCCUUGACAACUGCCAACGUGUGAAGAACCGAGAUCAGCUGGAUAGAGAUCAAGAUGGAGUGGGAGAUGCCUGUGACAGCUGUCCCGAUAUUCCCAAUCCAAACCAGUCUGACAUUGAUAAUGACCUUGUUGGAGACUCCUGUGACACAAACCAAGACAGUGAUGGUGAUGGUCACCAAGACUCAAAGGAUAACUGCCCAUUGGUGAUGAACAGUUCCCAGCUGGACACAGAUAAAGAUGGCUUAGGAGAUGAGUGUGAUGACGAUGAUGACAAUGACAACAUUCCCGAUUUCCUGCCACCUGGGCCAGACAACUGUCGUCUGGUGCCGAACCCCGACCAGCUGGACGACAACAAUGAUGGAGUUGGGGAUGUGUGUGAGUCUGAUUUUGACCAAGACAAAGUGAUUGACAGGAUUGAUAACUGCCCAGAGAACGCUGAGAUUACGCUAACAGACUUCCGGGCCUAUCAGACAGUGGUACUGGAUCCGGAGGGCGACGCCCAGAUCGAUCCUAAUUGGGUGGUUCUGAAUCAGGGAAUGGAGAUUGUACAAACCAUGAACAGUGACCCUGGUCUUGCUGUGGGCUACACAGCGUUCAGCGGUGUUGAUUUUGAGGGCACAUUCCACGUGAACACAGUGACUGAUGAUGACUAUGCUGGCUUCAUCUUUGGCUACCAGGACUCGUCCAGUUUCUAUGUGGUGAUGUGGAAGCAGACAGAGCAGACCUACUGGCAGGCCACGCCUUUCAGGGCUGUGGCCGAACCUGGAAUUCAGCUCAAGGCUGUGAAGUCUAAGUCAGGCCCGGGUGAGCACUUGAGGAACUCUCUUUGGCACACGGGCGAUACCACAGACCAGGUGCGUCUGCUGUGGAAGGACCCACGCAACGUGGGCUGGAAGGACAAGGUGUCAUAUCGCUGGUACCUCCAGCACCGCCCUCAGGUUGGCUAUAUCCGAGCUCGUUUUUACGAGGGCACGGAGUUGGUGGCGGACUCCGGCGUGACGAUCGAUACAACAAUGCGAGGUGGCAGGCUGGGAGUCUUCUGCUUCUCUCAAGAGAACAUCAUCUGGUCUAACCUGAAAUACCGCUGUAACGACACCAUCCCAGAAGAUUUCCAAGAGUUCAGCGCACAGCAUGGCAUGGAUCCCCUGAAAUAA